GUUGGAUGUAUACAUAACAGGCUAGGAAUGUUGCAUUUAUGAUCUAUCUAUUAAUAGGGCAACCGUCAGUCUUUAGAACGUCACAUACACACAGUCUAACGAACGAAGUCCAGAAAGUCCAAUUAUGAUGAAAUCGGGCGAAUGUAUACAACACCAGGAACAGUUAUCAUGACCCAUAUAAACUCCCUCCUUGUGGCUAGCCUCUCCCUACUUGUAACGGUACAAUGCGCUACAUUCUCCUGUAAGUGUGACCAGGCAGAGCCCUUCUGCGACAGGGACAACACUUGCUACACCACUUGUCCACCACCUACUUACGCCAGAGGGACACAAUGUAUAGGACAACACGAGUGCAUAGAUUCAAACGGGAUCCUCUAUAACGGAACCUGUGUCAAGACAUGCGCAGAAGGGUUAUUCCACUACCGUGAUUUGCACCGAUGCUACGAAAUCUGCCCGAAAGACACCUACAUCAACGGAACGAUGUGCAUCUUUCAAGAACACUGUGAUUCGGAAUAUUCAGGAGUUUUAUACAAACAGAAGUGUUUGCAGUCAUGUCCCAGCGAGGCCCCGUACAUCAAGGGUGUGACCUGCCACCCUUCUUGUCCAGAUAAUACCAUCCUGGACACAAACUCUCGGUGUAUAACACCAGACAAAUGCCUCGAGAAGCCGGCUUUUAUAUACAACAGCACCUGUGUGAUUAAAUGCCCUGAUGAAACUUACUUUCAUAACGAUGGUUUUUGCGUUGAGACGUGCCCACUGGAUUAUGUUGUUCAUCAGUCUUUGUGUAUAUCGCCUGAAGUCUGCCUGGCUUUGACCAGGUUCAUUUCAAAUGGCACAUGUGUUUCCAAGUGUCCGGUUCAUGCUCCCUACAUCUACAAUGGAACAUGCUUAGAACUGUGUCCUGACGACACUCUUGUAAAUGGAACUACUUGUGUUUCUUUCAGUCAGUGCAUACGUCUCAGAAGGGUUGUUUUGAAUUCAACUUGCAUGCCUGUGGAAAACUGUAUAGUUAAAGGGUGGGUGAUUGACAACUCAACUUGCAUACCUGUGGAAAACUGUAUAGUUAAAGGUUGGGUGAUUGACAAAUCAACUUGCAUGCCUGUGGAAAACUGUACAGUUAAAGGGUUGGUGAUUGACAAAUCAACUUGCAAACCUGUGGAAAAGUGUACAGUUAAGGGGUGGGUGAUUGACAAAUCAACUUGCAUACCUGUGGAAAACUGUACGAAGAAAGGAUUGGUGACCCUCAACUCAACAUGCGUCCCUGUAGAGACGUGCUCCAGUUUAGGGUGGGUGGUUGACAACUCAGCAUGUGUACCUAUCACGAACUGCACAGACAAAGGAUUUCUGAUUUACAAUGGAACAUGUAGACAAACAUGUCCAGUACCUUUUCCGUUCAUUGAUACAGGUAAAUGUGUCUCCAGUUGCCCCACUGACACCCUCAUCUGGAAUACUUCUGUAUGUGUCAAAGACUCCUCCUGUAGGACAAUGGGAUUUGUAAUCUACAACGGAACAUGUCUCAGCGUCUGUCCUUCAGAAGCAGCCUUUGUUUGGAACAGGACAUGUCACUCUGUCUGUCCGCAAGAUGAAGCUACUGCGAACUGUACGCAUAGCCAGGCUGUAUCGACAUCGGAACAACCAGGGACAAACCAUAGCUUCACACCGGAAACACAUAGGACAAACCAGAGUUCCACACCAAAAACUCCAAGGACAAACCAGAGCUCCACAACAGAAGCACCAAGAACCAACCAUAGCUCAACAUCAGAAGUACCUAGGACGAACCAUAGCUCCACAACAGAACCAUCAGUAACAGAUCAUGGCUCCACACCAAACCCAUUGCCCACAAGUACCAAAAUGCCGACGACCCUCAACUCCACUGGAAGGGCAAGUCAUUCAAGGAGACUCCACCAUGCGAGUAGUGAGGCACUGACAAUUGCAUUGCCAGUUGUGGCAGUUCUGUUGAUACUUGCGUUCCUUUUCUGUUUUGUCCGAAAAGUAAUCACAGCGAGACGCUCACACACUCAGGAUGACCGAGGACUACUGUUGAACGGCGACAUGGUGUUGAAUGAGACACCUCCUGAAGACAGUUCCUGUUGACAUGAUGUGUAUGGAAAUUGUUACAUCUGUUGUAAAAUGCUGAAGUUUCUACUUUCCUGUGUCAAGGGUUAAACGUCAUGUUCAAGAUUACUGACCAAACUAGCCUCGUGGCUGUGACUGUUGGAACAACUCCGUGCUAACUCACUUGGAUACCAUGCAGAAAUUAACUAAAAUAACCCACUCAAAUACAUUAUGUUGACUCCAAACCUGAAUCCGUGUUUUCUCCCUUAGUGCCUAACGCCAGGCAGGGCAAAAGCAAGUACCAUCUCGUAACGUAUGGCACAGUCAGGGAUUUAACCACAGAGCUUAGCCUCCUUCGGCAAUUACCCUGCCCACUCGACCAUGGAGGUGAUUCUUUUGUUUAACAAGCAUCAUUACAUCGCUUCUCGGGCUCUUUCGGCAGCUGGCAAUGGUGGCUUUGGUUUUCUGGGAUUCCAAAGAAUUCCUAUCUGUGGACCACUCAGGUCAGACCAUUAUCCCAACCUGCUUAGGCAAAUCCGGGAUAAUAUCAAGGCUAAACGUCACAGUAAACCCACUAAAGGCAUUGUUCCUCGGAACAAGUCUGUGACUGCACAGCAUGGCUGUGGCUUUGAAUUCAUUGACAAUGCUUGGUAUGCACCAGCUUUGGCACCGUCAUAGAUUGUGUAAAUGACGAUGACGUGAUUUGAACAGUGGGGGACUUUCAGCAUCAGGAGGACGCUUUAAAAUAGUUUGCGACAUUUUCAAUUAAAGUAGUCCAUCAUA